GCAAUGUUUAAACACGCACUCAUGCACUCCGUAUUGAAACACAAAGAGCUGUCAGCACGACAGCGAUGAUUUACUACAAAUAUCCAGACAGAGUGAGAUUUCCGAAGGUAUAUCGCGGUUUGGAGUGAAGAAUCUCAUGUUUACUUUCUUGUGAGAGAGAGAGAAAGAGAGAGAGAGUUUGAGAAAGAUGGCAGGUAACGACGGGCAGCUCAGCGUGAGACACUGGACUCCGAAGCAUGUGGGCCGCUGGCUGCGUGAGGAGGGUUUCUGUGAUUACGUGGACCUGCUGUGUAACAAACAUCGUCUGGACGGAACCAGUCUGCUGUCGCUGAGCGAGUACGACCUGCGUUCUCCUCCGCUGGAGCUCAAGGUGCUGGGAGACAUCAAACGGCUCAUGGUUUCUCUCAGGAAGCUCCAGAAGCAGAACGCUGAUGUGUUAGAGGAGCUCGGACUGUCCUACGAUGGACACUCACCUCAGAACAGCACAGGUGGAGUGGAUUGGAUGUGUAAUGGCGAGUCUGUGCGUGACUGUGACGGUGAACUGGACACUCUGGGUGGUGACCAGUAUCACCAGUACAACAACGGUAAAUACAAGCAGCAGCCGCGGAGACUGGACCCGGAGUACUGGAAAACCAUCAUGAGCUCUGUCUACGUGGUCUUCGUCUUUGGCUUCACAUCAUUCGUCAUGGUGAUCGUACACGAGCGAGUGCCAGACAUGAGGACGUACCCUCCACUACCAGACAUCUUCCUGGACAGUGUACCCAGAAUCCCGUGGGCUUUUGCGAUGGCGGAGGCGUGUGGCGUUAUAUUGUGCUCUAUUUGGCUGCUAGUGCUGCUGCUUCAUAAACACAGGUCGAUACUGUUGAGGCGUUUGUGUAGUCUCAUGGGGACGGUUUUCAUGCUGCGGUGCGUCACUAUGUUUGUGACGUCUCUUUCUGUACCUGGUCAACACCUGCAGUGCACAGGGAAGAUAUACGGUGAUAUGUGGGCGAAGCUUCAGCGUGCUGUGGCCAUAUGGAGCGGGUUUGGAAUGACCCUCACUGGAGUCCAUACAUGUGGAGAUUACAUGUUCAGUGGACACACUGUCGUUAUCACCAUGCUCAAUUUCUUCGUUACAGAAUACACGCCGCGCAGCUGGAACUUCAUCCACACGCUCUCGUGGGUUCUCAAUCUGUUCGGGAUCUUCUUCAUCCUGGCCGCUCACGAGCAUUACUCCAUCGACGUCUUCAUCGCCUUCUACAUCACCACCAGACUCUUCCUGUAUUACCACACGCUGGCCAACACACGCGCGUACCAACAGAGCCGCCGCGCGCGAAUCUGGUUCCCCAUGUUCUCCUUCUUUGAGUGUAACGUUAAAGGACCCGUUCCGAACGAGUACUGCUGGCCGUUCACGCGACCCACCCUACUAAAACGACUUAUUGGAUAACACUGCUGCUGAUUCUGAACAGAUUCUUGCAUUGCCAUGAUGGACGUCAAAGACUGCAUCUAACACACAGACAUUUCUGCCGGCUUUCUCUAGUAGGCGUCAGUCUCCUAAAGGGAUUGGGGAAAAAUGUGCCCAUUAUUGUGGAUUUGUUUUGGCUUGUUUUUCGACUGUGGAAACCGACUAAUGAACUAGAUGUUUAAUUAGGGGUUUAAGACUUUAUUUUUUAGCUAGAAACGAAAAACCACUACACUGGAACUGUGAAAGUCUUGCUUUUUUUCCAUAGAGCCGUCUUUUAAGGUGCUUGGCAGGGAUCCCUUUUUUUUAACCCUUCGCACGACACAGUUGGCAGUAUUAAUUUAUUUCUUCCAAAGACAUUUCAACUUAAGCAGUGUCAUCCUUCUUGAAGCAAUAUGAAAAGUCUUAAUGUUUCAAACAAAAAUUUGUGAAACUAUUGUUUUAAUUAAAAUAUGAUAUCUGCGUAUGCAGGCUUUCCUCUCAUUGCCAUGAUUGUUACGCGUCAGGCCUCUUAAUUGAUUUGUACUGUGCAGGAUUUGUUUUGUCAGUAUUAAUAUCUGUGUUUAAUGACAAAAUGAUAAUACUGUGUUUAAGACUCAAAAUUGCCCCUUGGGUAAAUCUCAUGAGAACAUGUCCAGGUCACAUUUCACCCCAUAAUUAAA